CUAAGAUGGCGGCGCCCAUGCUGAGAGGAGCGAGGCGGCGUGGCUGGAGUCUUCGUUGCGCGGGACCCAGGGUCCGAAGGGAGGCGCCCCGGAGAGAGAUCAAUUUCAAACUAGAUGAGAAGACAGCCCACAGCACCUUGGACUUGUCCAGAAAGGACUGUGGUGUCAUUUACCGCAUGCUUGGGAUUGACCCCACUAAAGUUCCUCAGAACCCUGAACGCUUUAAGGAUUGGGCUGUAGUCCUGGGAGACACCACUGUGUCUAAUGGCUGCCAUUACUGGGAAGUGACUGUCAAACUAUCACAGCAGUUCCGCAUUGGAGUGGCAGAUGUGGACAUUUCCCGAGAAGUUUGCAUUGGCAUGGAUGAAAGCUCCUGGGUCUUUGCUUAUGCUAAUCGGCACUGGAAUGCCAUGUUUGCCAAUGAGACCACUCCUAUCAAUAACAUUGGUAAGCCAGAGAGAGUGGGUUUGCUUUUGGACUAUGAACACAAGAAACUGAGCUUAAUAGAUAUCAGCAAAAAUAUGUUAAUCCACAGCCUUUCUUCUGAAUUCAAAGGUCCUGUGGUGCCUGCUUUUGCCCUCUGGGAUGGUGAACUGGUAACUCAUUCAGGCCUUGAUGUACCUGAGACUCUCAAGAGUAACUAAAAACUUUCCAAGCCCAAUGAUAAAUUUUCAGAGGAUUCUGUGCCUGAGAGAUGUGGGCUGCUCAGGGUGCUACAAAAAGGAGACACCUCCCUUUUACAGUAUCUUUGCUUGGUUAGGAACCAGAGUUUAUAACUGUCCAAAUUGCUUUCCCCACAGAAAAAGAUCAGACUUCUAGGUACUGUAGUGAAACGUAUCUCAAUAUAUAUAUAGGAUGAAGAGCUUAGCUCAAAGAACUCGGCAAGAGGACUACAUUUGAUUCUCAUCUGCUGUGAUAACUAAUAUUUGCUGCCUAGAGAUUGGGGAUCCAUUUGACUCAUAGCAGUUCUGGUUUGUCUGCUUUUUUGACAGCUAUUUUGCAUGUGGGAUCAUCCAUAGCAUUUGGUUCAGUUAUCCUGUGCUGGGAUAAUGUCAUCUUCCAGAUAUUGAACAUCAGCUCCCUUCAGCUCAGUCAGGGAGCUGUAGUCAAGGAGCUGUCGUCCAGAAACAUGUGAAAGGCUACAUGUUUCCCACUUAGGCUUUAUCCAUGUCCUUUAGCUGAAAAGUCUCUUCUACAUUGAAAGUAUAAGUUUUAAUGCUGGAAAACAAGAAACAUCCACUGUUAGGGAGGCCUCUGGGUAUAAUGUACAGCUACCACUGCCCUCUGCUGGUCUGGUGAAAGGACAGUCAAACAUCUAAGCAUCUGCUGUCUUACUGAUAAACCCUGCAGAUCAGUUUAAUAGGAAUUAGUUUAAACUACCAAGAUUCCCACAUUCUAUAAUGUCCAGGCUUGGCAGGAAUAUCACUACAAUUAUUUAUAUAUAGUUAAUAUUUAGGAGAGCUGCAAUAAUGCUGCCAUCUACCACUGCAUAAGUUCAAUCUAGGUAAUGAGGAGGAAAGAUGUAGGCGAUGAGGGAUACAAUUAUGGAAAAACUAUUCACAUUUUAUUAUUAUACUUAUUUAUAUCCUACCUUUCCCUCAAUUUGGGACUCCAAAUGGCAGGGGCACUAACAAAUUCUCUAGGAAAAAAGUUUAAUUUCAUAGAAAAUAAUCAAGAAAAAGGAAGCUGGUUUAAAAAAGACUUCAUGUGCACAGUUGACAGCUGACAAAAAUCAAUAAAAAUGAAGUUGUUUAAAACAGUGUACAGUGGGCCUGCCACAUUUGCUGGGGCUAGGGGCACUGGACUUCCUUGAAAGUGAAAAAUCUGCAGAUGAAAAAAUGACCCUUUACAUGAGAGGACACCUCUCUAGGAAUUUCUAGGUCCUCCACUGGCCAACAUCUGGUAGACGUUGACCAUAGAAUUGCACUGGAGGACCUACAAAUGCCUAGAUUCUCUAGUAUGCCUCUGUGGUCAACUUCUGGCAGACUCAUGCUGGACGACCUAGAGCAGUGGCAUUCCUGCCCCCAGUGUCACCUGUUGCAUGGGGAGGGGGGCUUCAGGUGGCAGUAGGGCUUUCUAGAAGCAGCUUGCCCCUUCGCCACUGCUGGUAUUAUUGCUGCCACCACCACAAUGCCAUUCUCAUCAUGAGCAGAGCAGCAACGAGGUUGGAAGGGCCACAUUUGGCCCUUUGCUUUGCUGUCACGGUGUCAUUCUCAUCAUGAGGAGAGUGGCAGCCAGGUUGGGAAGGCCAUGCUCAGCUGUUUCCUUUGCUAAUGUGGUGUUCUCAGGAGGAAAACAGUGCCAUGGCAGUGAAGUCAUACACACCUUGAAAAUAUUCCAACCUAAUGCCAAUAAAACAAUCUGAAAAACAAACCUUGAUUUUGCCAUUUUAUAUAAGGGAUACUAUUUUAUUUCACUACUGUAUAUAAUGCGACUUGAGCUUCCAUGGAUUUUGGUAUCCACAGGGGGGUCCUGGAUCCA